AUGAAACUGGAGAUAGUGUUACAAAAAUUGAGUGCAUGUUUUUUGAAAAUUGAAGCGGGAUUUGACUAUGGUCCUCAAGGAAGAUUAUUGCUGAGGAACGUUGAAAAUCUUUGGUUUCAUCAUUGUGUUACAACUUCACGAUAUAAUGUAUUUUUAAGUGGAACUGAUAAAUUUUCAAAAACCAUUCAGGAUUUAAAAGUUGCGAAUAUUGAUACUUUACCAUUUGGAUUGGCUGCUUUCGAUAAUUCUAAAAUAGCAUGGAAUCAAUCGCUGCUGAAUUCGGGAAACAAAACAAUUGUACACAAGGUAGCUAAAGUUGUCACUUUCUGCGAAGAAUCAAAUUCUAGAGAUUUAUUUCAUAAAAAACAAAGAGAACGUAAAGCAUGGUGGAGAAAACUCGUGCAACAACCAUCGAUAUUUUUUUUAACUGAAUCGAAAAAAGGAAAAAAUAAUGAAGUCAUUGACAUAAAAGCUGAAUUUCCUUUUGGAAAUAUAACAGUAGAAACUAUAAGUCAUCAACGAGAUGUUCGAAAAAUGUUUCUUCAGGAUAAAAAUUGCAGUGAUAGUGAAAACGAUUUGAGUGCAGUCGAACACGUCACGUCACUAGAUUGGGGCUGUUUGGUUCUCCUUUGUGAUUCAUACAAGGAAAAGGCUCCCUUUCCUACAUUACAGCUGCUACCAAAAAUCGCUCCUUACAAAGCAAUUUGUAAAGUUAAUGUAGAAGCUAAUGAGAGAGAGUCAAUUAUUGAAGAUUUGAAUCAACUUGUGUUAUAUAUCAAUAAUUUAUUGAGAACAAGUGGAUUGGGAACUAUUUUAAUAAAAGAUAAUUUAUCAGAAAUGCUUCAGGUGCCUUUUGUUAUUGGUGUAAAUAAAGUUAGUUUGAGAAGUGGAAUUGUUACAGUUUCUAGUCAUGUGACAACUUUAGCGGAGUCAGUUCAUGUAUCACAGUUAGUUGAUUAUAUUGCUUCAUAUUGUAAAUAGGUAAAAUAAAAAAAUUUACAUAAGAA